AUUUACGACAUUUGAGACCAUCUGAGAAGAAAGCAACUAAAAAAUGUUGUCCCCGAGGUUAAGGAGAUCGAGAGAGACAGACGUUUCGCGCUCAGGAAAAGCAUCUCUAUUGUCAUUAAGAAUUUCAUGUGUACACCACUUCACUUGUUCACCUUCUCAGUCGCCACUUCUUCCCUGCCCGUAGUAGCCGACCGAUGCGCAGUUUAUCCUUGCGAACAUUCCAAGCGACGCGUCCAGCAUUUGGUCAUCGAUUUCAUCCCACAGCCUUAUGGGCAUCGUCAUCUCGACCGCUAUCGUGGGCUUAUAAAUCUCUCUUUGUUCCCAACCACCAUCUGGAGAAUCGUACCCUCUCUUUUCGGACUCUUCGCCGUUCUCUAACUACUUCAUCUCCAUCUUCCCCAACUGGAAACAUGUCUGAGUUCUAUAAUCUCAAAUCCGAACUUCCGAGUGGCUCGCCGUAUUAUUUUGAGCAGCUAAAGGGAAAAGUGGUUUUGAUCGUGAACGUUGCGUCAAAGUGUGGGUUCACACCGCAAUACAAGGGCCUUCAAGAGCUCUACGACAAGUACAAGGACAAGGGUUUCGUUAUCCUUGGCUUCCCUUGUAACCAGUUUGGUGGUCAGGAGCCUGGAACCGACGAUGAUAUUGCCACGUUCUGUGAAAAGAACCACGGCGUUUCAUUUCCUCUUAUGAAAAAGUCUGACGUCAAUGGUGAUAACACGAAUGAAGUUUACAAGUGGUUGAAGAACGAGAAGGCUGGUCUCCUUGGCAUGACCCGUAUCAAGUGGAACUUCGAGAAGUUCCUCAUCGACAGAGAAGGCAAAGUCGUCCACCGAUGGGCUUCUACGACUACGCCACAAGCCAUCGAUGCUGACGUUGCCAAGCUGAUCUGACUAAAUGGUCGGUCCUCAGAUGGCAGAGCUAAACUUUGACUGAACAUGUAUCCACCUGACUGAGUAUUCAGUGUCGGCCAUUCUUGCUUCUUUCACCUACAGCCGUCUGCAGUUGAAAAGCAUAGCGAGACAAAGUGUAUUCUAUUCAUUACCUGUCAUAGGGUCACUGUAGUUGCUUAAAAAUAUGUCCUUGGAAUGUUAGAAAACACCCAUUGAAUUUGGAUUUCGUCACAAUACGGGGA